GUGUUUGUUUAUUUAUUUAGAAAAUAUAAGAUAGGCGUAAACAUCGCACCUCGAUGGAAAAUUAGUUCCAACUAACAAACUUCAUUCUCAUCCAAUUCCUUCCCUCUCUCUUUCCAUUUAACCUCUCUCCCUUCCCACUUUUUCCUUUGAUUCUUCCUCUUGGUAAGAAUCCACUCUCGCUUGCUUCCAUUCUCAAACGCACAUUUCGAGAGAUUAUUUUUCUUAUUAUUACUUUAAUUUAUUAUUACAUUACAUUUUUCACACAAAACCUAAUUAUUUAUUCUCUUCAUUUUCCCCUUAAUUAAAAUUAGGGUCUAUUCCAUUGAAAAAGGACCUUCGUUUUUAAAUGAAUUCAUUCCGUUAAUUCCAAUAACUCAAGUUCGAAACCAAUUAGGGCUUGAGUUUAGUUUCUACAAAUAAAAGAAGAAAAAAAAUUAUUCAGAUUUCAAAAAUGUCGGUUGUUGAUGUUGCUCAGACUCCGAUUUUCAAACAAUCGGAAAAUUCACAUUUUAAUUGGCAAGAACGAAUUAAACGUUGCUCCGGUGAAUCGAUUCUAAUAUAUCUAACUGUCGACGGAGCCGUUACACCGAUGCGUGUUUUAGAAUCCGAUUCAAUUGCUUCAGUGAAAAUGAGGAUUCAAACGCGAAAUGGUGUUUCUGAGAAGAAGCAGAAGCUAGUUUCAAAUGGAAGAGAGCUAGCACGAAAUAGCACGCUUGUCAAAGAUUACGGUGUAACCGCCGGCAAUGUUGUUCAUUUGGUUCUUCGUCUCUCUGACAUGAUUUUCAUUGUCGUGAGAACAACCUGCGGGAAGGAAUUUGAGUUUCAGAUUGAUCGGCAUAGGAACGUGGCGCAUCUUAAACAGUGUAUUAAAAAGAAAGGGAAAGGUUUCAUUGAUCUUGUGGAAGAGGAACCGGAGUUUUUUUGCCGCGGCGAAAAGCUUGAUGAUCAGAGAAUUUUUCAUGAUAUUUGUAAAAAUGAUGAUGAUGAUGUUAUUCAUCUCAUUGUUCAAAAAUCAGCACAAGUUAAUGCUACAUUGGUUCACGAUAAGGAUUUGGAACUUUCUGUUGUUGCAGAUACAACAGAGAAUAAAAAUCAGAAUCAGAAACAGAAUGUAGUUAAUAUUAUAGAACAACCUUGUGAUGUUAAUUUCUGUUUAGAGCCAGUUUUUGUGAACCCUAAGAUCAAUUUGUUUCCUUUCCUAUGGGAUAUGAUUGAUUCAACUUUCAAUGGUUUGAAAAAUGGAAAUAAACCUGUAAGAUCUUCUGAGGGAACAGGUGGGGCUUACUUCAUGCAAGAUUCUAAAGGUGUUGAGUAUGUUUCUGUUUUCAAGCCUAUUGAUGAGGAACCAAUGGCUGUUAAUAAUCCACAUGGAUUGCCGGUUUCAUUGGACGGUGAGGGUUUAAAGAGAGGGACAAAGGUCGGAGAAGGAGCUGUGAGAGAAGUUGCAGCCUAUAUAUUGGAUCAUCCAAAGGCUGGACCACGGUUGGUGUCUGGUGAAGCCAUUGGUUUUUCCGGUGUUCAGCCUACUGUUAUGGUUCGGUGUUUUCAUGAAGCGUUUAAUUACCCGGAUGACGGGUAUUGUGGCUCUUUGGAGAUGGAUCAGAAGGUAGGGUCUUUGCAGAUGUUUAUGAAUAACAAUGGUAAUUGUGAGGAUAUUGGACCUGGAGCUUUUCCCGUGGAAGAGGUGCAUAAGAUCAGUGUGCUUGAUAUAAGAAUGGCUAAUGCAGAUAGGCAUGCAGGUAAUAUAUUGUUUAGAAAAGAGCCAAGUGGGAGGACUGUGCUUAUUCCUAUUGAUCAUGGAUAUUGUCUUCCUGAGAAAUUUGAAGAUUGCACAUUUGAUUGGCUUUACUGGCCUCAAGCACGUCAGCCAUACUCUCCCGAUACAGUUGAUUAUAUAAACUCUCUGGAUGCUGAAAAGGACAUAGAGCUUCUAAAAUAUUAUGGUUGGAAUGUUCCAGUUGAGUGUGCCAGAACACUCCGCAUCUCCACAAUGCUAUUGAAGAAAGGGGUUGAGAGAGGUCUCACUCCCUAUGCCAUUGGAAGCAUCAUGUGUAGGGAAAAUUUGAACAAGAAAUCGGUGAUCGAAGAGAUUGUCUGUGAAGCUCAGGAAUUAUCGCUACCUGGCAUGGAGGAAUCUGUUUUUCUUGAAUUUGUAUCACAGAUCAUGGAUUCCCGCCUCGGUGAGCUUUUGAAAUAGGCUUUUUUUUCUUUCUUGAUUCAUGUAGGUAUAUAUUAAUGCAUAUAUGCAUGUAUUACAUGAAAGAGUACCGGUCCAUAUAUUUGAAUGGACUUAAGGUUGUAUAAGAAGGUGAUGAUGGUUAGAGGUGUUAUUAUGGACAUUUAGGUCCGAAGAGAUUGCCUAUUUACUCACCCAAUCACCACCAUAAAUUGUUUUUCAGUGAUUGUAUUGCCAUAUUGAACAGAAGUUGAAAAAAAAGAAGUAUGAAUAAGAUGUAUUCUACUAAAGAUUUGGAGUAUCUUAGGGUUGUAUAUAUAGGAGUUGGAUAUAUAUACUGUGUACAUAAUGUGUAUUGUGGUAGAUGUUUCGUAAAAUACUCAUUAGU